AUGCCUUAUCGUAGUGAAUUGAAGCGUCCAGAUUUAAAAGGUCAAUUCCCAUGCUCAGUUUGCGGAAAAGUUUUUUGUCAUUCUUCUUCACUUAGUCGGCACCGUAUGCAAGCUCAUUUUAAAAGUUAUACAUGUUCACAAUGUAAUCAAGAAAUUUCUAGUAGUGAAACAUUACGUUCACAUAUGUUUAGGAUUCAUCAAAUAUCACGAAUGUUCAUGUGUAGAUGUUGUAAUUGGGCAUUUGCUGAUAAAACAUCAUUACAUAUUCAUAUGCAAUCAAUGAAUAAAGAUGGUAAUCCUGGGGAUGUUUAUGUUUUAGCACGUAGUUCAACAGAAGCUGGAACAUUUAGAAAUGAAAUGUCAUCAGAUGGUGAAUCAAGAACAUCAAAUGCUUCUAGUCCUCUUAAUAUGAGAACACAAUCACCAGCUGAAGCAUCAGAAGCAAAAAGUGCUUUAUCAUUUGCUGCAGAAAAUUUAGGUUUAGAUUUUGGAAAAAAUUUUCUUGGUGGUGAUAAAAUAACUAAUAAUAUAAAAUCAUCAAUCUUUCCACAAUUUAAUGAAGGAAUAGAUAUGCUUAUGAAACUUAAAAGUCAACAACAACCACAAAUUGGUAAAACACCAACUGUUCAAGAUUUAUUUGGGCAAAAUUCACUUUUAAAUUGUUGGCUUGCUACUAAUCCAUUAUGUCAAAAUAAUAUUUUUGAUUUAACAAAUCCAAAUUUACUUAAUUUAGGAAAAUUAUCAUCUCUUCCUGUUAGUGGUAAACGUCCUGAAGCUUCAGUAACAGCGGAAAUUGUGAAUAAUGGAAACAAUCGCAAAGAUGAAAUAUCUGUUAAAACUGAAGAAUGCAAUUCAGAUAGUGGAAAAAGCGAUGUUCAUGACAAUAGUAUAUACAAAAGUAAUCCAUCAUUUCUUGACAAUCUAUUUAAUAAAAAACUUGCUGCAUUAAAUGGAAAUGAUGAUACACCACAAUCAAUUUCUAAAACAAAUAAAAGAAAAGCUCGUAAACCACAACAAUUAAAAGAUUCUUCAUUUAGUUCAUCAAAUGGUGAUGAGGAAUCUGAACCAAAAGCAAAGAUUUCUAAUCUUUCAUAUCUUGUUCAACAUUUAAAUUCAAAUGGAAGAAAUGAUAUUAAAUUAAAUGAAAAUGAAGAACAACAUUCACCAGCAAUAAGUGAUUCACAUACAUGUGAAAGUGGUCAAAAUAAUUCAACAAAUAGUUGUUCAUCUGAUAAAUGCGAUAACUGUAAGAGUGUUCAAAAACAAAAUAUUGUUCUUCAGGAAGAAAAUAAUAAAGUUAGAAGACGAAUGAGUAAAAUAGAGAAUGCUGUAUAUAAAUUUGAGAAAGCAAUUAAAGAGUAUAGUGAUAAAACAUUACCAGAAAAUAUGAAAUCAGAAAUGAUUAAUUUAGUUGAUACUUGUUUUAAAACUUGUACUGAUGAUGAAACAAUUAUUGAUAAUUUUAAUUCUUCAGAAUCCAAAGAAUUAGUUGGAUCAGGAAUUAUUGGAGCAUCAUUAUUUACACCUUUAAAUAAAAUAUCAUCAUAA